GGGUUGUUUUAUGGCUUGGCAAUGGGGUAAGAGCGAAUAUCUUUGUUACCAAAUAAAUGCAUACACAAACUACCUCAUAAAUACUGGUACACGCUAAGCCCAUUUCUCCUGAUUCUUUUUCUCUCUGUAACCACCUUUCUCUCUCUCUCUCUCUCUCUGGCCUGCUUACUGGUUCAACGUCAUAUCAGCAGAAGAGACCCCCUCUCUUUCUCUCUAUAAUGGCGAUCCUUCAAGUCUUUGUGUUAUUCCUAACUGCCUCAAUGGCCUCGGCCGCCAACUUUAACAUCGUAAACAAAUGCGGUUACGGGGUGUGGCCUGCCACCCUCUCCGGCGCCGGCACCAUCACUCCGGCUGGUGGCUUCUAUCUCGCGUCUGGCGCCAGCACCUCUCUCUCCGCUCCCACCGGCUGGUCUGGCCGCAUUUGGGGCCGCACGGAUUGCAGUUUCGAUGCCUCAGGGGCAGGAAAAUGCGACACCGGCGACUGUGGUUCUCUUCAAUGCAAUCCCAAUGCCGGAGGCCAGCCGCCGGUCACUCUUGCCGAAUUUACCAUCGGGAAUAUGGAUUUUUACGAUGUUAGCCUCGUCGAUGGGUACAAUCUUCCCAUGGGUGUGAACGCAGUUCAUGGCACUGGGAAUUGUCAAUAUGCAGGUUGCACCGCCGAUCUAAGGACAACAUGCCCAACGGAGUUGGUGUUGAAGGGGCAAAGUGGUCAAACAGUUGCAUGCAAGAGUGCGUGUAUGGCGUUCAAUACACCAGAGUAUUGUUGCACGGGUGCGUAUGGUUCUCCAACCACAUGCAAACCAACCAAGUACUCUCAAAUUUUCAAGACCGCCUGUCCUGAUGCGUAUAGUUACGCCUACGAUGAUGAAUCAAGUACUCGCACGUGUACCGGUUCGGACUAUGUCGUUACAUUUUGCCCUUAAUUUCAUGAGGACUCUGGGCCUAGGAUUGCAUUUACAAUGGGAUUAUCAUUUUUUGUACACACAGGGUUAUAAUCAUCUUUAGUCUGUCGGGUCGGGCAUGUCAUUUCUCUUUAUGCUUGAGUGUGCCAUUUUCUUGCACAAUACUUCAAGCGUAUUUAUUGACACAACUACCGGUUUCAUAUCUGACGGCUAAGUAUGAUUGUGACUUUUUCUUGUAACAAAAUUACAUGGUCUAAUUGUUAUGCUAUCCUUUUUA